GAGAGAUUGUCUAAAGACUCGGGCAUUGGUUUGGACAGUGCUUACGAUAAUAUCGUCAAAAAGCUAGUCGUCAAACAAAACGCAAGAGGGGUGAUAGUGUUUGGGUCAGACCAAGAGGUAGCGAUGUUGAUGAAGGCGGUGAAGAGGAAUAACGCCACCGGACUGUUCACGUGGAUUGGGAGCGAUGGUUGGAGCGCCCGGUCGUUAGUGUUUGCCGGAAAUGAGUUGCAGGUGGAGGGCACUCUGUCUGUACAGCCCUCUGCCAGUCCAGUGCCCGGCUUUGACGACUACUUCCUGAGCCUAACACCAAAGACUAAUUGGCGAAACCCGUGGUUUAUCGAGUAUUGGGAGCAUUACUUCAAAUGCAAAUGGCCUGAUAGUACGGUCACUCCGUAUAACCUAAACUACGAGAGUCUUUGCACCGGAGAUGAAAGGAUGAGUUAUGAGAACGGAUACGAACCCGAAGGACAGUUGCAAUUUGUCAGUGACGCUGUCCUCGCCUUUGCCUAUGCUCUCAGAGAUAUGCAUAACAAGCUCUGUCCCAAUGGAUACCGAGGUGUCUGUCCACAGAUGAGAGACAGCGAUGGAAGUGUACUUCUCAACUAUCUUAGAGAAGUCUCAUUCCAAGGCUUGGAUCAUAACAAGAGCUCAAGUCUGGAUAACCAUGAGUUUCACUUUACUGACCCGGAUGGUGACGGUCCGGCCCGGUAUCGCAUAAUACACUACAAACAGUUAUCUGAGGGACAGUUUGAUUGGAUUAAAGUCGGCGAAUAUAAAGACGGAAAUCUUGAGCUCAAUCUGAGUGAAGUUCAGUUUCAUUUAAGUGAUCCCAUAAUCCCGACGUCGGUGUGCAGUCAGCCGUGUGAGAGGGGACAAGUGAAGGCCUACUUGGAGGGCGAGAAGUGUUGCUUUCACUGCCUGAACUGUACCCGAUAUCAAGUGCUCAUAUCCGAAACCCAAUGCAUCGACUGUCCGGACGGAUACCUUCCCGACGCCGACAAAAUGAAUUGCGAGCCCAUUCCCGAGGAGUACAUGAGACCGGAUAGUAUUUGGUCUAUCAGUGCCCUACUGUUCUCGUGGACGGGUAUAUUCAUCACGUUAUUCGUCAUAUUUGUGUUCAUCAAAUACAACGACACGCCAGUAGUGCGGGCGUCGGGACGGGAGUUGUGUUUCGUACUGUUGGCCGGAAUACUCAUGUGCUAUGGAAUGACAUUCAUUUUGGUGCAAAAGCCGUCGGACUUCCUCUGCGGCGCCCAGAAGGCGGGCAUUGGUUUCUGUUUCGCUGUCGUCUACAGCGCUAUCCUCACCAAAACCAACCGAAUCUCCAGAAUCUUCAAAGCGGGCAAACAGUCGGCCCGAAGACCCAGUUUUAUAAGCCCUAAGUCACAGCUCCUCAUAUGCGGCGGACUCUCAAUCAUUCAGAUCUUCAUAGUUGUCGUGUGGUUAGCCUUCUCUCCGCCAAAAGCCAUUCACUUUUAUCCCACCCGAGAGGACAACCAUUUGGUUUGCGAGGCGUCUAUUAAUGCCGGAUAUUUUGUUGCAUUCCUUUACCCCAUCUUUCUUAUUGUGGUGUGUACGGUGUACGCGGUGUUGACCCGCAAAAUACCCGAAGCUUUCAAUGAGUCGAAAUACAUUGGGUUCACGAUGUAUACGACAUGUAUAAUAUGGUUGGCAUUCGUUCCCAUUUACUUCACCAGCUCUCAGAGCAAUCACAUCGCUCUCAAUCUGACCACAAUGUCUGUGUCCAUAUCGUUGAGCGCAACGGUCACCCUGCUAUGUCUGUUCACACCCAAGGUCUACAUCAUAAUACUGCAUCCCGAGAAAAAUGUCAGGCAGUCCAUGAUGCCUCAGAAUAAAUACGGAACCGUUAGAAACAACACUCAGAUGACGGCCACCGCCACACUGGCCACCACCUCAUCCAUACGGGUCGAGUCGGCCACACAGUCCGAUGAAUACGAAAUGAGCGAAAAGCUGAAUACCAGAUGUACGACCAGUUGUGGGAACGGUAGUGCCACCAAAGUCAGUGUCGGCACACAAACCAAUUGUAAUGGUAAUGGAUGUUUGGGAUCAACUAAUAUCGAGUUAGUUAUUAACAGUUGGGAUAAAGACAUUCAAUUAUAG